AGCACUUUUGUCCGACCUGCCAGUGAAGAGAGAGACAGAAGGCCUUAAAGCUUAUACAUUUUAUAGACGAUGAAAGCAGGAUUAUCGCAACGCACUUUCAUUUUAUAGACAGUAUUAUAGUCUUUUCUCACAAUGAUCAUAGAGAAUGUGGAAGCCCUGAAAUCGUGGCUGGCAAAGCUCCUGGAACCAAUAUGUGAUGCUGACCCCUCUGCAUUGGCCAACUAUGUGGUGGCUCUUGUGAAGAAGGACAAAUCGGAGAAAGAUCUGAAAGCACUGUGUGCUGAUCAGCUUGAUGUCUUCCUACAAAAAGAGACAACAGGAUUUGUCGAUAAGCUUUUUGAAAGUCUGACAACCAAGAACUACCUGGGAAAUCCUGUCGCCAAGGAAGUACCGAAAGAAGAAGUGAAACCGCCUGCAGCCAAAGCUGAUGGUGUGGAGGCUGAAACUCCAGAGGAAGAGAGAGAAAACAGGCGGAGAAGAAGUCCUCUGAGAAACCGCACCGACUUCAACGAUGCCAGGGGCCGCGAUGACAGGAGGCGAGACGAGCGCAAGCGCCGCGACUUCGAUCGGCACGGGAAGAGCGGAAACGAGUCCAACCGCGAGCGGGAGCGUCACGAGCGGCGCAGGGGCAGCCCCCGUGGGAGGAGCUACAGCCGGAGCCUCAGCCGGAGCAGGAGUGGCAGCCGAGGAAAGAGCAGGGACAGAGGAGGCAGAGACUUCAAGUCAAAGUUUGAGUUGGAAAGGAAGGAUACAGACUGCUACAACUCUUCCAACACAUCCGGCUCGCAGCAGCAUCAGCAGCAGCAGCAUCAGCAGCAUCAACAGCAGCAGCAGCAUCAGCAGCAGCAGCAGCAUCAACAGCAGCACCCAUCGCCUCUCCUGCCGCUGCCCACACCUCCGCACCCGUUUUCUUCCUCGUCGUCCGCUGGCGUCUCCGUAGCCGGAGGUGUUCCCGUAGUAACACCGGCUCACCUGCCCGACAGCACCACAGACAGCUGGUCCGGCUACUAUGGCGCCCAGAGGCAGGAUGGUGGCAUCAAGCCAUUCAGCAACAAGAGCGUUUCGCUUAAACAGCGCUGCAGGGACUACGACGAAAAGGGAUUUUGUGUACGUGGUGACCUUUGUCCGUUCGACCACGGAAACGACCCGCUCAUCGUCGAUGAUGUCAAUCUGCCGAACAUGAUUCCGUUCCCUCCUCCGCCUGUCAUGCCCCCUGCUGGCCUGCCCAUGCCCCCGAUCACUGAGCCACCCCCUCCCCUCAGGAUGCCCGUGAUGCCGCCCUAUGGCCAGCCUCCACCACCAGGGGUCUUCCCUAUGAGUGGACCCCCAAUGAUACCAACCGGUGUCAUCGAUACCCCCAACCACCAAACGGCAAUCACUUCCUCUCCUCCUAUCCGACCACCUGGUGUGGGGCUGCCGCCUACUCUUCCUCCUCCACCUCCGCCCUCCUCGUCCCCAUCAGUGUCUCUUCGUCCCCAAUAUGUCCAGUCUGAAUAUAACUAUGAUCCAGAGGGCUAUAACCCAGAAUCUCCAGGCCUGACUGCAGCAGGUCGUAACUCGUACCGUCAGUUCAUUCCCCGGGUGCAGACCCAGCGCUCCAACCUAAUCGGCCUCACCUCCAACGAAGGACAAGGAUCCAGAGCUGCCAACAUAGUGAUACAGACGGAGCCUGCCACUGCAGCCAGCACUCCUGGAAAUAACGUGUGCCGUUUCAACACAGAGCAGGACAGCAGGAAGAGAACCAUGGGACCCAGUACAGCUGAGGGACCAGUUGUUAAAAAACCCUGGAUGGAGAAGCUAAGCUUUAACAACCAACAUAAGAACACUUUCCCCAAGAGGUAUUACUAUGUGAACACCAAGUUGGAGGUGCGCAAGAUCCCACGUGAGCUCAACAACAUCACCAAGCUCAAUGAGCACUUCAGCAAGUUUGGAACCAUCGUAAAUAUCCAGGUGGUGUUUGGCGGAGACCCAGAGGCGGCGUUAAUCCAGUACACAAAGAAUGAAGAAGCCAGGCGGGCCAUAUCCAGCACGGAGGCGGUCCUCAAUAACCGCUUCAUCCGUGUGUACUGGCACCGCGAGCCCGGCACCAACGCAACAGGGCUUCAGCAGCAGGAGCAGAGUUCAGGCAGCCAGGCGGCCGGAUCGGCACCCAGCCAGGCGCUGCAGCACGGCAACAUGCAUAAGCAGGGGAUAAAGCAGCACAGCCCGGCCGCCUAUGUGUUGAACAAGACCGUACCAAAGCAUCGCAUGCCAGCGCUGCCUGGGAUCACAGCUGCAACCAAGCCAGACAGCCUGAACCCAAACACAGACACUGUCAUUGUCUCGCCUGCCCUGAUGAACACCCAGAAGGGCCCUUACACUUCCACACCCCUCAAGUCCUCCUCGAAGAGCUUUGGGAAAACGGGAAAAGCACUAGAAGCACAGGAAGUCCUCAAGAAGAAACAGGAGGCUUUAAAACUCCAGCAGGACAUGAGAAAGAAGAAGCAAGAGAUGUUGAAGACACAGAUUGAGUGCCAGAAGGCCUUGAUAAACCGCCUGGAGAAGAACCGAGGGACGAGACCUGAGGAGCGAGCCAACAUCAUGAAGACGCUAAAGGAGCUGACCGAGAAGAUCGCACAGCUGCAGAAUGAAAUGAACCCCGCCUCCCAGGUAGCCAGUGCUAAACCAAACCACGGCCAGUCCAAGACAAAGACUGAUGCACAGAAGGAACUGCUGGAUGCUGAGCUGGACUUUCACAAGAAGUUGAGCUCUGGAGAGGAUACAACAGACCUCAAGAGAAAACUGGGACUGUUACAGGUGGAGGCGACUCGGUUGGGUCUGAUCCGACCCCCAGCGGGUCGAGGCCGGGGCCGAGGGAAGUUGGUGCUGGAGCCCGGGUCGGUAUACGUGGGCCGCGGCAGGGGACGGAGCCGGGAGAUGAUGGGUCGAAGCGGGACCGUGAACCGCAUGGUGGUGGACCACAGACCCAGGGCCCUGUCUAUUCUGGGGGUCACUCAGGAGGAGAAGGAAGAGCUGAUGCCACACUUUGUGAAUUUUGGUGAGAUCGAAGAUAUCCGUGACCAAGACGCAAACAGUGUUGUCAUGACCUUUAAGACGCGAAGCGAAGCCGAGAAUGCAGCUAACCAGGGAGCUAAGUUCAAAGGCCGUGUGCUGCAGAUUUCCUGGUACAAGCCUAAGACGCCUUCUGUUGCAACAGAGCCGGAGGAAGAAGAAGCUAAAGAUGAGGACAAUACGAAGGAAGCUAGUGCUUAUUUGCCCGGUGAAGAAGAAGAGGAGGAGGAAGAUGACGAUGAAGAUGACGAGUAUGAGAGCCGGUCAUGGAGACGAUGAGGGCGUUGGGAUCCGUCUCCAGCAGAAUGCGGCGUUUCCCCUCCUCGCGCGCAGAUAGAAUCAAUACAAUAGACUAUUUUUUUUUUUUUUUUUUUUUUUUCCUUUCCAGUAUUUUCAAACUAAUUUUAGACUCUAAUCGAAGUAAAAAACGUCUUUUACUUUACUGUACAUCAGAAGAAGUUUAGAGGGCAGAGGUUUUGUAUCCCUCGAACUGAACAAUUAUUUAAAACCUCUCACUUUUGCUGAGAAAGAUAAAUGUUAAGUUGUUCUUAUAGAUAGAAAAAAACCUAUGUAAGUUUCAGUGUGCAUACCAGAUGAUUAAUAUCAGUAAUGCACAACAUUUGUGUCUACUGUGAAUAGGUAUUUUUAUACAUACUGUAUUUAAGCUCUUUUCUCACCAGUUUUUUGGAAAAAAUCUUGUCCUCAGUUCAGGGUCAGCCAUUCCUUCACCAAUAGAACGUUCUCUGUUGCUACCAGAGAGAUAUUUAUUUAUUUUUCCACUGCAUAGAUGCCCCGUGCCGUACCUGUAUCGGUGCGGUAUGGUUUUCCAUUUCACUUUGGUCUGUUUGUUUCGGUAUGGGUAAGCCCAAAAAUGUUAAACAAUCCAAAUAUGUUUGACUCACUGUGGUGGCAUGAAUGCAUACUAGUUUGCGCAUGUUGUACUCUAAACAAACAAACAAACAAACUGCUUAGCACCCAAAGGUGGCGAUGCCCUAACCAUAUGAGAGCCAGUGCAGGUACAGAAGGAUACCAGUGCAAUAGAAAAAUCUAAACUAUGUUUACAAAUUGCCGUGUCCAUGCACGUCCGAUACAGUCUUGUAGUAAAUCUCCAUAUUUUUCCCGCUUGCGUGUUGUUCACUAAAUGCCACUCUGUGUAAAUAUAAACUCCCUCACGGGAGUUCUACAUUUUCUAAGAGUGUGUAACAUUUUUCACUUGUUGUAUUCUGUCUCCUGGUCAUCCAAAUGGCCGGGCAGGACAAGGAUCAGGUCACCCAUUUCAAAAAUGUGAGAUCCCGAGACAGGUGUUUGAAUGUAAUACUGAACAGUUGAUUUUA